GAUCGAUUUUUAGAUCGAGUGGAAAAUUGUGGAUGCAUCGGUGUUUUUCGCACAUCCUUAUCUCUGGUUGCAUUUAUACUUUCCGAACGCUUUCUAAAAGAUGCCAAAAAUUUUUUUCUGUGCCGUAUUACAUUUGUUGGCGAAUUUGAGGAAAUUUGUGCAAAUUAAGAAUAAAUAAGAGAAUAAUUUAUAAAUAUUUACUUGCUGAUUUGAGAAAACAUAUAAAUACCACGGAUAGUGCAGAUAAUUGAUUUGAAGAAAUGCCCCAACGCCGGAUCGGGAAUCGUCGAGAAAAUGGUAGAGGGGGUGGUGGAGGAGGUAAUAUGCGUGAUGGUGGGCGUGGCAGAGGCGGAGCUGGUAGAGGACGCGACGAUGGUGUACGUUCUGGACGUGUAGAGAAGCGCUAUGAUGAUCGGGGCCGUCGGGGUGGGGGUGGAGGAGGUGGUGGUGGUAGUGGUAGCAACAACGAUUUUGCCGGACUACGCAGCGUAAACUGGUCAGACCUACGCCUGCCUCCCUUCCAGAAAAACUUUUAUCAGGAGCAUCCAAAAACGCGCAAUCGCCCACCACACGAAGUAGAAAGAUACCGCACAGCGCACCAAAUAACCCUUCGUGGCCCAGCACCCAAUCCCAUACAAUACUUCGACGAAGCUUGCUUCCCCGACUAUUGUCUCAACGAAAUAAGACGUCAGCGUUAUACGGAACCAACGCCUAUACAGGCACAAGCAUGGCCAAUCGCAAUGAGCGGAUGCAAUCUCGUCGGUAUCGCUAAAACGGGCUCUGGAAAAACACUGGCUUUUACUCUCCCCGCUAUAGUACACAUAAACAAUCAACCCCCGUUGCAACGCGGUGAUGGUCCUAUUGCAUUAGUCUUGGCGCCAACGCGAGAAUUAGCACAACAAAUACAAACAGUGGCAAAUGAUUUUGGGUCUAGUGUUUACGUCCGAAAUACAUGCAUAUUUGGUGGGGCACCUAAAGGCAAACAAGCAAGUGACCUCGAGCGUGGUGUCGAAAUUGUGAUUGCAACUCCCGGACGAUUGUUGGACUUUUUAGCAACGGGUGUUACAAAUCUGCGGCGCUGUACAUACUUAGUGUUGGAUGAAGCCGACCGCAUGCUGGAUAUGGGAUUUGAACCACAAAUACGGAAAAUACUCGGACAAAUAAGACCGGAUAGACAAAUAUUGAUGUGGAGUGCCACAUGGCCAAAAGAAGUGAGGCAGCUUGCUGAAGAUUUUCUUGGAUCAUAUGUACAGGUAAACAUCGGUUCAUUGGAGCUAUCCGCUAAUCACAAUAUACGCCAAUAUGUUGACGUUUGCAACGAACACGACAAGGGCACAAAAUUAAAAGAUCUACUUUCUCAUAUCUAUGAUCAAUCUCAUGCUCCUGGAAAAAUCAUUAUAUUUGUAGCCACAAAAAAGAAAGUUGACGAAUUGUCCAGAUUUAUAAAUGGGUUUGGGGUGCGGGUAGGCUCAAUACAUGGCGAUAAAUCACAAGUUGAUCGUGACAAUGUGUUGACCGAGUUCCGCAGCGGUCGCUCGAAUAUUCUUGUCGCAACAGACGUGGCUGCACGUGGUUUGGAUGUGGAUGGUAUCAAGUAUGUGAUUAAUUUUGAUUUUCCACAGUCGUCCGAGGAUUAUAUACAUCGAAUCGGUCGUACUGGGCGGAAACAUACCUCAGGAACAUCGUAUGCAUUUUUCACACGUAAGAACGCCAAGUGUGCACGUGCUUUGAUAGACAUACUGCGCGAAGCCAACCAAAAUGUAAAUCCAGAAUUAGAAUACAUGGCGCGCAGUGCCGGCACUGGUGGUGGUCGCAGUCGUGGGGGCCGAGGAAGUGGCGGUGGCGGCGGUGGUAGCAGCAUGGGACCUAAUAGACGUGGUGGUGGUGGUGGGGGAGGUCGCGCUUUUCAUUCGGGUGGUAUGGGAGGAAAUUCAGGUCCUGGAUAUGGUAACGGUUAUCGUGGUAAUGCUCUGAUGGGAGGCAACAGCGGUGGCGGUGGUGGAUAUGGCAGUAGUAGUGGCGUUGGUGGCGGUUUCCCGAACGGUGGCCUGUCUUCUGGUGGCUCUAGAUCGCGGAACUACAACUCUCGACACUAAAACACACACUCAUCGCGAAAUUUUGUGUAAGCAUGGAGAAACUUGCCAACAGCAAGAUUUGGUUUUACAUAAAGAAAUAAUAUGUAUGAAAAGAAUUCCCUUUAAGUUCGUUCGCAACGUUUCAUAAGUCAAACAAUCAGAAAUUGACGUUGGAGCAAUGCAACACUUCUUUUGAGACACGGUGAUCAAAUCAAGAAAAAGAAGAAAGCAUGCAUAUUCAUAUGUAUGUAUGUGUUAGGCUGGGUCUUCAUACUUGAAUUGUAAACACUCGCUUUUAGCAUAAUCUUCUGCAAAUAUCAUUCUCAUAGAAAACACCUGGCAUUUACGUCAAAGGGCUAGGUAAACGGAAGAUACAGCUUUAUAUACAAAAGAGGUUAUGAAAAUUUAGAUGUGUACAUUUUCGUUUAACAUACAUACAUACUUAUUAAACAUUUAUGGAAUAAAUGAAUGAAUGGAAUUAAAACUAUAUCAGAAGGUUACUAAAAUAGAAGAUUGAAUAAAGUUUUAAUAUCUUUAUUUCAAA